AUGCAUAUGACAAAUUUGUAUAGUGUGCUGGUUGUGUGCCUUUUUGGCAUAGUGUCCUCCUCCUGGUUUAAGGAGUCUGCGGCCAGCGCUUCGGUUGCUUCCCCUUCAGUGAACAAUAAGGGCAUAAAUUAUGAAGAUGACUACUACAAUGUUGCGCAAAAGGAUAUAAUAUCAUCCUACUCCUCCUCAGCAGCAGGAGGACCAAUUAGAAAAAGGAGAUACAUCUUGGAUGUACGAUCCUUUGGAAAAACGUGCCUCUUGGAGUACGAAAACAUUUGUGAAACUGCAGACUAUUCUAUCCUUGUGAAGAAUGGAAUAAGCGGUCAUGUUAUAAAGGCAACCUUGAUUCAAAAAGAAUCAAGUGAUAUUGUCUCUGUACACAAUUUGAUGGACACCUUUUCUAAGGAUGGAAGUGUCCAAUUUAUUUUUAAAGGCAUUCCAUCCCUACACUACAGUGUUGUGUUGGAAAUGUCGGAUUUGAUAAACAAUGCAGACUACGAUAUCGGGAACAAUUGCCAUUGUCUCGGAUGUAGUGACAAUACUAGAGUAAUUGACUUGAGCGAAAUGGAAAAUAGGAUCACACACGUAGUAAGAAGUGACAAAAAAAAUAAAAUCACAUUUCCACAAAAGACAUUUGUCCAUGGAAAUUUUUUAUUUAGCAAAUUUUUAUAUUUUCAUUCUGAACUAAAUGCAAAGACAAUUGAACAUUAUACACAACUAUAUUCUUUCUAUAACGAAUUAGUGUAUCCCUGUUCAGGUACUAUUAUGACACACUCGGUGAAUUAUAACAUACACUAUGACUUGUCUAGUGUGCAUUGUUACCAUGUGCAUAUGGUUGAUAAGUUUAUAAAAAGGAUUGAGUCCACAAUUGGGGAUGAAAGGAAAAGCGGGAGCUCCACGUUGAAUUUCACGAGCAAUAGUAAUAGCCACCCCAUACUUAUCAAAUUGGAGGAUAAACUUUCAAGUGUCAAGUUGGUAAACAUUGGCAAACCGAACUACACAAUUCAACUUCCAUUGAAAUAUAAUGAUGGUGCGUACUACUCUCCCAGAGGAAGCGUCGUCGGACGGCUGGUCACAAUUUACACGCGUAAUGUCUUUUUCCAGAAAAAGUACAUCUAUAAGAAUAACGUGAACAAUAGAAUGGAGUACGUGCACAUGUUUAGAAUUCUUUUUAAUUUAUUCAAGGAGUUGUAUGACGUUUCGUAUGAAGAUAUGUUGUUCUACACCACCGGAUUGUCUAUGAAAAAGGAGGGGAACAAUUCUUCCCACGUGGAUCAGGACUAUAACAUAUAUGCCGAGGAGUUGUCGGUGUUGUUAAAUUCGUUGGCGUUCGAAUUCAGCGCAGAGGCAGUAGGUCUCAAGAGAGAAGUGAUUGUGAAGGAGGAAUCCAAGUUUGUGUCAGAAUACGGAUCGAACCACUUCGCACAAGUGAAGGAGAAUCAACUUGUACUUAGAUCUUCCACUGAAAUAUGUUUAGUCGUUCUAGAAUCUAUCGCUCGUGAGUUGAGUAGGUUUAUAAACUUACGACUGAAGCAGGAGUAUAGACACACGUGUAACACGAUGAGACAGGGACACAGCUAUGCUAACAUGUCCCCCAUGUAUCAUACGUAUGAGUUAGAUUGUAACCUUUCUGUUUUGUACUUGGAAUAUAACCUGGCUGAAGAUGUUAUGGUAAGGCGCCUCAUAACGAACAAGACUUUAUUUGAGGAGGUCAAGUUGGAGCUCUUCUACAACAACAUAUUCGGGUACACGGUCUAUUUGCAUAUGCAGGUGGAUGACAAAUUUGUGCGCAGUUUGAAGAAGCGCAUGCCGAAGUAUGUAAACGGAAGCACCGUGGUGACGAUGACGGUGAUAGGGAGAAGGACCGACGCAAAGGACACCUCGGACGUGAUGGUAAUUCUGAAGGAAAUUUCCUUCCCCAUGCAGUGCAGGGAGAGCUGCACCAGUAAGCAUCCAAUAGUGGUGGAAGAAAACUUGGACUACAUAACUGUUGGGGACAUAUGUGUGCAAAAUGAGGGAUUGCCCAAAGUUUGCUUCCCCGCGUACAGCUUCGGGUAUGUGUUUGAUACGAGGUUGCUCCGAGUACACAUGAUCAGCAUCAAUCCGUAUCCCGAAAUUUUGCUGACCCCUUCAGUGCAAAGCUCCAUUGUUGAGGGCUAUUUUUGCAUAUUGACACCCACUCUUGGGGAGAUGGUUCCGAGCGUGUCUGUUCCCUGGGUGUACCAGGACACGGUGUGCAAGGAGUACAUCAACAGGUGCAGCCUCAUAACGACCAAGUUUGUGCUGAACGAUGCGGGGUCUGUGCCUGGGAGUGCAGUUGCAGCUUUGAGGAAGAACCAAUUUGGAGUGCAUCUGUCAACUCACUUUGAUGAGAAGCACGAAGAGAUGAUGCAGGUGGUGUAUCGAUUGAGCGGAAGUGGCACAGAAAGCGGCGGUGAGCAGAGCUUCAUUUUGACUCACUACAACGACAGCUUCUACAUAAACGGGCAAUCGAACAAAAUGCAAUGGAGCCGCGCGAAGGAGUCCUUCUCCGGGGGAGGCUCCGCUGGGGGAAAAGCUUUACCUGACGAUGAAGAUGAUGACGAUGAGGAUGCGUAUUACAAGGGGGUGUCUCAGGUCGACACCAAAACGCACAGGGUUCAUGUGGUGGACAACAAGAGAGUAGUGCUAACCCACAUGCAGACUCCCAAACAGGACGACGCCACGCUGUACCACCCAUUUGGAGAAAUCAGCAUUAACUACGAGAAGAUCAGGCCUAACAUGUACAUGAAAUUUUUGAAUAAUUACAUGUACUUUUACGAGGGCGAAGAGAAAUACAACGUAGAGGAGACGUCGCCCCACUUUGUGAACGUGUCUCCAUACCAAUACGAAUGUUUAGGAGCGUAUGCCUACCUGAUGAAUAAAUUUAACAUCCUCGUGAAUGAUUCGCUAAAUUGUGACGCGAUACAGAUGAUAAUUGAAGUGCUAUUGAAAGCCAACUUGGGAAAAUACUUCAUCCACCAUAAGAACAAGAAGAUACACUUGAACUUUUUCAAAAAGGACGAGGAUUCUCAUGACGUGUUCGACUUAGUACACAUGGAAAUAUACGAAUCGCACGCACCUUUGAAGCCGAUAAAGACGUACAAACUGAAUGUCAGCAUAGAUGAAAAUAACUUAAACUUGUUGCACCAGCACAGGAAUGUCGAGUACCCCAACAAGUACUUCUCCAAUGUUUAUAUACUUUUGUUUAAGGCGGCCUACUUAUCGAACGGGUACGACUUCUACUCGUUCUUUUAUGACCUGACUGGAAUUCGCCUCAUAGACAGUUAUGUGGUGGAGCACAUGGACAAGAUGAUCCCGGCGGAGAAAGAAGCUGUCAAGACCAUACAGUCUGUAUUGAAAGAGCAAUUCGAAGUAUCUCUGGAGAGGCACACCACGCGGUACGACUCUCUCAUAAAUGAAAUAUCCCUCCUCGGAGCGUACGUCACGGAGUUAACGUCGUCUUAUAGGAAGGUCGCCCAGGCAGGCAGCGAAUUGGUGGAAGGACAAAAGCAAUCCGGUGCGGUGUCCGAUGCACCCCUGGCAGGAAUCAAGUACUUUGUCUACGUAGAUGAGUUCAAAUACAGCAGCGAGAAGAAGCUCAAGCCGAAUGAGAUGGCGCACCACCUGGCUGAGCAUGGCGUCCUCAUGAUCAAUAAGAAGUCCCUGUGUUGUUCCAACUUUGUGGAUGAAGUGGAAAAUUCUUUGUACUACCACAUUCUGUACAGAUACAUUUUGUCUGGCCAAAAUUUUGCGCCUGGUGUGGAGGACGAGACGAUCCUACGGAUGCUGGAGGUUACUUCCUCCACCCCAGCAGGAGUAGCUGCGAUGGGACACACUAUAGUGCAGAAACUUCUUGGCCGAGAGGUGAACAACUCGGUUGUGAACGAAAGCUGGAGCGAAAGCGAGGUGGAGUUCAUGGCCAACUGGAUAAUGGGCGAAUCGGGAUACAUAUCACGCAAGGACGCAGCGGUGCAGUCAGCCAUCCACGUGGACUUGUUAGAUUGCAUAAACAUGGACCUGCAGAAUCAUGACGAGAACGUCAUCGAGGAAUUCACGUCCGAGUUUGACAAGCACGGAGCAUUGGUGUCGAUCAAGAUGGAGAAGUGGGCACAGAUUGCUUCAUCCGACCAGUACGCGGUCUACUUCCUUUUCAGAAACCUGGCCGUGCCCUUCGUGGGAGAGACGCACAGGACGGAGACGUUGGAGAUGCGGAGAGUGCUUCUGCUCAAGGGUGGCAACCCCCAAACAGUUACGGACGAAUCAGUUAUUUUCAAAGUUUACAUCGACAACGUAAACAGCAAUUCCAUUUUUAUGCUGGAGAAGGUCAUCUUCGUUUCGAAGGAGGGCAAUCAGGUGGUUAGGGAGAUCAACGUAGAGUACCAGACCUUUUUCGUGCAUCCGUACAGCAUGAUCUUAAACACAGCAAUUAAGAGCACACACUUAGGAGUGACCGAAGUGUAUUACGACAAGACGUUGGAGUGCCAUCAUUACUAUAACGGGUUGCAGGUGUGCAACAAUCCCAAGUUCGACUAUGAGGGGUUUUCUCCAUACUACGUGUCUUACUUGGAAAAUAACCAGCGAAAGGACAUUCUGUUCAAGAGCAAGGAGGAAGUAGCGAACAUGAUCAACAACGGGUACUUGACUGUGUCGAAGAGGUUCCAACUUCCCAUGGGAGGAGACGUCAUGACAGCAGAUAUUUACCGAACCGUACGGAUCAUCGUGGAGGAAGUGGCCUACUCAGUGGGCAUACACAAUUUAGGAGAGAAGUCUUGCGGGACUCUCUAUUUGAACAGGGGACAACUGCACAUCCCAAACGAUGGGAAGUCACUCAUUUCUAACAUAUUCUACGACACGAACUAUUGUAUUGAUAGAGGAGCCGUCUUGAAGGAAAUACUACAAGUUUGCAAUUUUGAGAAGAAGGACUUGGUGAAGCUUUUCGACCAUCUGGACAGCAACGUGUUGCCGUACAGGUUGGAUGAGAAGUUUGCCGGUUCGCUAACGAGGGAGGAGGUCCUCAGUCUGAUCUACUACUUUUUGUCUGUGCCACCCCAGGUGAAUGAACUAAUUAGGAAGAAUUCCAUCUAUUUGGAGAUCGACGAGAUGAGCAUCACGAGGAAGAAGGAUUCUCCUAAGCCAAGCGGUGGAGAGGAAGGCACAUCCGCACCCACACCAGUAGUAGUGCUAGUACCUUCCGUGUCUUAUAUGGACUCACUCCUCAUAAGCAAGAGCAUGCUAUCCCCCAAGGGAAUGAACGAGGAGUCGAUUGUACAGUUCAACGUGGCGCUAUACAUGGAGCUUCUGAAGAACAUCCGUCACUUGCGUGAGAAGAAUGGACAAAAGGUGGACCCAACAGAGGUGCAGGUACACGUUGGGGAAGGAAGUGACCCUAAUGACAAGAAUAGGGUGAUCCUCGAAGUGAAGAACUACCUGCAGAACAGCCACACGUGCAGCGCAAACGGCAGAAGCGACGGUGGGGCAGCCUUCUCAUUGACGCCACCACACUUUUCGAACGCCGGACCGCUGUUCAAACCAGACGACGUCCUGACCUACAACGUCCCCAGCUUCACUUACACGGAUCGAGCCAUCUACGUGAAGGAGCAGCCAGACAUUCACAGCUCAUUCAACAACUUGUUUCUCUAUGAGGGAGAGAGUGUCACAGAUGGAAAGUUCCUGAGCGCAAUAGUGGUUCUUUCCCCCCACAGGUUUUUAUCCUUCGAGAAUGUUACCUAUGUAGGGUUGAUAGCCAACACAUUUGACGACAUGAAUCAGUUCGUCUUGAAGUGUUACCCUCACACGAAGUAUGACACGUCGAAGUUUUUCAGCAGGUACAAUUUAGAACCCAACACAGUGUACUUGGUGUGUAGAAAUAUGCCAGUCAAAUUUUUGAAAAAUGGACUAUACGAGUUUAAUAAGUACGUGGUAGAGUACGACACGCAUUCAGAUGGCACGGUCGGGAGGCACAUCUAUGAGAGCCUGCCGAUAAGGCCAGUCUACGAAGUGGUUAAUGACCCCAAGGUGGUGGUUCCCAGGGUGGAAGACAUAACCAUUAAGGUGAAUCUGAUCCCAAGCAGCGAUACAUCUGCCACCAACGCAGCGAUAGUGGAAUACCAAAUAGAGGUGAUUGGAUUGGUUCACCUGCACAAUGACCCGUAUGUUGUGGUGAAGCCGAUCUUUACUCACAGCUCCUACUUGUACAAUACGAUUAUCUACACGAUGGACGAUUUUAUGGCUUAUAAGUACCCGAGAAAGCUGAAGUAUUGGGAGUUUCUGAGGAUACCCUUUAGCAGGGGUCUAUUCAAGGAGAAUACGCUUACCCUUAAAACGGUGCAAUGUAAUAGGGAAAAAGGGCAAGGGGAAAUAUCGAAAGCGCACUGCGUGUACUCCCUCGUGAUGGUGAAGUCGUGCACGUUGGUGAAGGUCGUCAUAAAGGACCUCUACGGGAACGAGUACGAGGUGAAGUUGGACGGGGAGGAGCAGCCCCAAGGUGGAGUGACACCAGUAGAAACCAGUCCGGAGGAGGAAACAAAACCGAAUAAGGAGGAAACCAAACCAACUGAAGAAGUAACCAAACCAACUGAAGAAGUAACCAAACCAACUGAAGAAGUAACCAAACCAACUGAAGAAGUAACCAAACCAACUGAAGAAGAAACGAAGCCGGUGCCUGCCCCCGCGCAGAGCAGCAGAAAGGUGUGCACUUCGUUCUUAUUGAGCAUACAGAGCAAAAGCAGCGACGUCGAUCGUGCUGAUGAUGGCACCUCCUUGGAGGAGUUCUUCUUCCUGGUGCACUCAUCAUGCAUCGUGAAGGAGGGCGUCAUAUCGCUCAGCGUAGCAGAAGACAGGGAGACCUACUCCACGGACGUGGAAAAGAAGCACCUCAUGAAUAGGGACAUGUUCAACGAUAUCUACAAAAUGAUAUGCGAGCAGAUCAGGCUGAACAAGGGAGACUACGUGGUGAAGAUUUCCAAGAGAGCGCAAAAUGGGGAGAUUCCCAAUAAAGAAAUGUCUGUGCAGAGGGUGCACGAAGACGGAUCGGUUUACGAAAAGAGCGCUUUGGUCAACUUUUGGAAGAACGGGUUCAACGUGGAUUUGUUCGGGAAGAAGGGGAAAAAGGUGGUAGUACCUGCUGAGGAGGUCGAGAAGGUAGACGGAUCGGUUUACGACAAGAGCGCUUUGGUCAACUUUUGGAAGAAUGGGUUCAACGUGGAUUUGUUCGGCAAGAAGGGGAAAAAGGUGGUAGUACCUGCUGAGGAGGUUGAGAAGGUAGAAGCCCCCAAGGAGAAACAACUUCCCCAGGAGAAACCUGUCCAGGUGAAGUACGACAGAAUAAUCGACCACGUCAUAAGCAUCACAAGGACAGACGCACCGAAGGGUGAUAAGGAAAAAGCGUACGAAGAUAAGUAUACGCUACUUACGGGAACGCUAAACUCUAGUGUAACAUCCGUGGUAGUGAAGGAUGGAAAGGUCAGCGCAACAUGUCUAGAAGGAGACUGCAUUUUGGAGAGUACUUUCAUUGAAGAUAUGAUAAACGCGAAGAGUCUGAAAGACGGCACAUACGAACUGGACAUAAAGAAGAGGAUACAUUUGACAAGGAGCGAUGACAGCGAUAGGAGGGAUGCGUCAUCACCAUCCGCAUCGUCAUCAUUAUCUUCAUCGUCGUCUUCCCUCAGAGGGGGAAGCACACACAACGGAGGUAGCCUCCUGUGCAUCGUGGAGAAUUCGUUUAACACGCUAAGUGGGGGCAUGAAAUUUAGGAAGAUCGUUCACAUACAAGGUGAGGAACUGAGCGCAAAGGAAGGGACAUACGACGUGUUCAUCACCAAGGGGAAGUACCUAGUACAGAAGGGUAACAACAGUGCAAGUGAGAAAGAUUCUGCAGUGAUCGAGAAGUGCAUUAACAAAGCGUGGAAGGUAAAGGAGAAGACCGACUACAAGUUUGGAGUGCAACUAACCACCAGUGUUGCUGCUAAAGUAGACGGUGCGCGGCCCGCUUUGCUGAGGGAGGAGGAGAAGGAAUACUACCUUGUGGUGAACAAAUUGGGACAGAACGGCAUGCCGCUAUAUGCCAGAAAUAGAGUUGCCCAUUUCAUUGGAAAGAAGGGCUUAGCCGAUGGAAAGUACAUUGUGCAGGUGGAUGGCGACAAGUACGUUGCGGAGGCCCUGAGCGUGACCAGUGACAGUGCAGGAACGACUGUAGGAACGAAACCUGUGGAAGAAGCGGUCGAUCGGGAUGAGCAUUUCUUUCAAGACCUCUUUAAGAUGCUACACAAGAAGCCAAGCAACGGGUCCUACUAUGUAGAAUUUUCCAACAGCGAAAUUAUCGACGUGAAGGAGGGGAUCGUUUUGACAGAUCAGAUAGUCUUGACUGAAGAGGCGUCUAGUUCUACCUACUACGUGAAAGAUGGAGAAGACGAAGAGGUGAACAGCCAGGACAACAUCGUUAUAGCUUACUUAGUGGAAGUAGUAAGUGACGCCGAAGACGAUGAAGGCGUUGCUGAGUAUGAGGAGGUUUAUAUCCUCCACGGGUACACCUUAAAAGGAGGACAGUUCCUUAUAGAAUACAAUAAUGGCGUGUGUACAAUGAAAAGUAUACUUAAAGGAAAUGAAGGCGCAAGUUCGAGCGACAUGGAAAAGGUGCUAAACAUAUCAGGAAGGAAGAUGAACGAUGGAAGUUACUUUGUGCACGUGAGUGAGCUGUUCAUGGAUGAGGAGGGCGAAUACUUUGACAACCCGUACGCCCCCCAAUGGAAGAAAAAACAAGCGCAUAGUGCAACACCGCAACAACAGGGUGGAUCCAGCGCGCAAGAGGUAACAGUGGAAGCGGCCGCCCCAGUCGAUGACGCGUUUUGGAAGCACGUUAUGGAAAAUAUGGCCGUGAGGGAGUUCCACAAAGGGAGCACCAAACAUGGGAUCACCACAGAUCAGCAACGUGGAUCACAGGAAGAGGAGGAACGCCCCUUUCACGCAUACGUUCAUCUGGAUAAUGACGGACAAGGCAACAGUUGCCCAUUUAGGAAAGUUCUACAGGGAUGGGGCACUGGGUUGGAGAAGGGAAAAUACCACGUACGUGUUCUGAACGGGUCCUACUUUGCAACGACUAUUUACGGUUCCAGUGUAAAUAAUGAAUACCUGAAGAUGCUCAUACAGAAUGCGUGGGCUUAUCCAGACAGAAGGAUGACUAGUUUCCAUGUGGAUAUUCACCCGGGAGGGUAUCUUAAUGCAGAAGGGAAGAUGGAAAACACGCUGGAGGAAGGGGAGGCCUAUUAUAGCGUCACCAUUAGGCAGUUGAAUGGUGAGCAGCAUAACGGCGCAGAUGCCACAGGACAAGGGAAGAUAAAAGAGGAGCUCAUCAAAAUGGCCGGCAAAGAUGUACCUACAGGAGAGUACUACAUAGAGGUGACAGAUGAGAACGGAAUGGCUACCGGAAUGGAUGUGAAUGGCAAAAAAAUGGACGCUCCAUUUCUGAAAAAUGUUGUGUUAUUGCUGUAUGAUAUUGUGAAGAGGGGCAAGUACCACGUGGUGAUUACAAAGGAUGUGCCUGUUAUGAAGACUGAGCAGCAAUCCACAACGGCCGGAUCGAAGAAGCUGCUAAGUAAGACCCUCGUGCUGACGAAGCUGGACCUAGUGGACGGGCAGGAGAUCGUGCAAAAAGUGGGAACGAUAACCACAGGGAUUAUGGUGCACCCGGAUAGGAACAUCCCAGACGGAAGUUACGGAAUGCAUGUCUACACAAAUGGGACGAUCCAAAUUAGGGGCAUAUACGUGGGUAGCUUAUUUGGCCCAUCGGAAGAGGCAGAAAUGAAGAAGGUAUUGCCAUCCCCCCCACCAACCGGAUUGGCUAGCGGGCUCUACUUGGUCCAGGUGAAGAGCAGUGUAAAGCAAGAGGUAGAACCAAGAAGCAACCUCAGGGAAGAUAGAGACACAUCAUCAAGGAGUGGUUCUUCUUCGUCUGAUUUCCCCUCAUGUAUGAACCGCCCCGCGGGGAAGAAGACCUCCAUGAUGAUAAAGAACGGGGAUAACAGUGUGGUGUACUAUGACAACCAGCCACACGCCAACGGUCGAAUAGCUCUUCCAUCCGUCAAAGGCGGUAGAACCAUGACUCAGUAUCAGAGAGGAAACUGCCAGGAUAAUAUAAGGAUAACCCACUGCACGUCUUCCAACCCGAGCAACUGCAUGAACGUGUUCAAGGCCCGCAGGGUCGGGGAAUGA